AUGUGGUUUAUGUAUGCACUAUCAUGGAUAGCAUUUAUUAUAAUUGCUAUAUGUUUAACGAUCUCAGUGGCGGCCGGAAUGUAUUAUGUUGCUGAACUUAUUGAAGAAUAUACCACUGUUGCUAAACGCUUCAUUCAUUUUAUUCUUAUAACUGUUACAGUGCUGAAUAUUCUUCUUCUUGUAUUAGAAACACAAUUUACAUGGACACUAUGUUCCAUUGGAGUUCUAUCAAAUAUAAUGUAUUUUUUUAUUCUGGGAGAUUUUCCAUUUAUUGGUUUUCUAUCACCAGCAUUUCUAUUUUCUAUGGUUCUAUUAAUUAUCCACCAUUAUUUUGCAUUUUCAUUUUUUAAUAACUACUAUUAUCCGUUUCCUGAAAUUCUUGCUUAUUUCACAAUUUUCGUUUGGAUCGUCCCAUUUUGUUUCGUAUUAUCUUUAUCAGCUAACGAUUAUGUACUACCACAAUAUGCUGACACACAACGUGAUCGUUAUAACGAUGAUACAAUUAUUAAUAGUGGCGGUGAUGUUGUUACGAAUUAUUUUAAGAAACGAGCAAAAAAAGUUGGACUUUUGGCAUUCAUGCGUUCAGUUCAAGAAUCAAUUUUACCAACGAGAAAUAAAAAAUUCUAA